GUCAUAGAUUUUGUUGUCAUUUGAAAAACACAUUCAUAUGUUUAACACGUGUUUUGGGUUUUAAACUGUUUUUUUUAAUUUGUUUUAAUUAAAAAACACAUUUAAAUCUUUGACAACAAUGUCUGAGAUGUUUAAGUGUGGAUCCAUUGCUAAUAUCAUCAAUAAGUCCGACAAAAACCAAGACAUCGAUGUCGACCAAAGCGGCGAAAAUGAAGAGAAAAAACACAAGAAGUCGAUGAAUAAGUUUUGCGUAAAUAUUAAGAAUAAUAACAAUAAGAUUAUUGAAUUGAAGAAGUUUGAUGUCCAGAGUAAUGGUAAUGAAGAUAAUAAUAAUAAGAAUAAGAAGAAUGAAGACAAUCGUAAUAAUGGAAGUGUUGAUACUGACAGUGAAGAUAAAGACAAAAUAGUUAACAAUAAUAAACAGAAAAGAAAUAAAAAGAUAUGGAAAAAAUCUUUGACUGAAAAGAUAGAGAAGAAUAAUGAAAGGACUGUUUUUGUGGGAAAUUUGCCAAAAGAUAUCACUAUUAAAUAUUUAAAGAGCAUUUUCAAGAAUUAUGGAUCAAUUGAGACAAUUAGAUUGAGAGGUGCUGUACCUGAAAAAGAAAAGAUGCCGAAGAAGGUGGCCGUCAUUACUAAAAGUUUUCAUCCGAUAAAAGACAAUAUCAAUGCUUACGUUGUCUUUAGUAAACGAGAAGAAGCCGUCAAUGCUCUCCAAUUAAAUGGUAGUGAAUUAGAUGGACAUCACAUAAGAGUAGAUUUGGCACUCAAUGCUCAGACUCACGACAGUUCCCGAUCCAUAUUCAUUGGAAACCUUCCGUUUGCCGUAAAAGAAGAUGAAUUAUAUGAGACAUUCAAUGAUUUUGGCGACAUUUCAGCCGUUAGAGUCAUCAGAGAUUCAAAGACUGGCGUCGGAAAGGGCUUUGGUUUCGUUACAUUUGCUUCGAAAGAUAGCGUCGUUUUGGUUCUCGAGAAGAAUGAAUUUAAACUUAGAGGACGACUACUUAGAGUUAUUAGGUCUAAGAAUGAGUCAAAUAAUAAUAAUAAUAAACAAAAUUUAGUUAACAAACAAAAAGCAGAUAAAACUAAGAAAAAACGUAAAGAUAUUACUGACAAAAGUCAAACACAAGAAAUGGGUAAACAAAACAAGAAAAUGAAAUCAAUUGAAAAAUCAGAAUUUGAAGGAAUUUCGGCCAAGAAAUUGAAGAAAACAGUAAAGAAAAAGAAAGAAAUGAAAGCAAUCAAACAAAAGAUAAUUCAGAAAAAAUUGUCGCAAAUAUUUACCAUAACUAAGAUGUGA